UAUUAUUCUUUUUAUUUAUCACAUAACGAGAUUUAAUUCAAUUUGUAUUUUUUUUCUUCCACCGAGUCCCCCCACUCAUUUUUUAACAUCAAACAACGGAUUAAUUUGUUUCUAACAUAUUUUUUUUUAUCUCGCGUGUCCAAGAGGAAGAAAAGAAUAAAAAAAUAAAUAAAUCGAUAAAGUCAAUACGUUUAUAAAACAAAUUAUUUCGUUAUUCUGUAUUUUUGUGUGGCUAAAAGUCAAUUUAUCUUGGAUAUUUUCAUUAGUUUAACGCAACGUGUGUAAACGUAUUUUGAGAACACGUCGGGUGUUGUUGGUUGUUGUGUUGUUUCAUUGUAUUUGUUGUUUUAGUUUUGUUUUUGUUUCUUUUUUUAUUGGUGUGGCAAAAAAGUGUGAUUUCUCGAGUGAUCGAAGGAGAAUGUGGCGGAGCCAGUGAGAGGAGAGAUCUACUUUCUCGAUAAGAUCUGUGCCGCAGAUCACGCGGCGGGGUGGGCCCGAUGCCGGUUAGGAAGGGCCUCCUCGCCCCACAAAAUACUUUCCUCGAUACAAUCGCAACACGUUUCGAUGGAACCCAUAGCAACUUUGUGUUGGGAAAUGCCCAAGUUCCGACGAUUUACCCGAUCGUUUAUUGCUCCGACGGAUUCUGCGAACUGACAGGAUUCGCGCGAGCGCAAAUCAUGCAAAAGGGUUGCGCUUGCAAAUUUCUUUACGGUGCGGAAACGAAGGAGGAGGUUAAAGCGAUGAUCGAUAAGAGCCUCGAAAGUAAAACAGAACUGAAGAUGGAAGUCGUAUUUUAUAAAAAGAAUGGAAACCCGUUCGAUUGUUUAUUGGAUAUCGUUCCAAUAAAAAACGAAAAAGGGGACGUUGUCCUGUUUUUGGCAUCCCACAAGGACAUCACACUUACGAAAAAUCUUCAGUUCUGUGAGUUGCACGAUAGUGAUGCAAAUGGAAAUCUUGAUCCUGAAGCACCACCAGCUAAUUACGGUAGAAGGAGAAGUCGUGCUGUACUCUAUCAACUUUCUGGACAUUAUAAACAGGACAAUAAACACAAGAUAAAAUUGAACAACACCCUAUUGCAUUCCACGGCACCACCAUUACCGGAGUACAAAACAUCAGCGAUUAAAAAGUCGCAAUUCAUUCUAAGUCAUUAUGGAAUUUUUAAGUCAUGCUGGGAUUGGUUGAUAUUACUAGCAACUUUCUACGUGGCAGUCGUCGUACCAUACAAUGCAAGUUUCACUAACAUCGAUAGACCAACCAUGGUUAGCGACGUUGUUGUGGAAGUUCUUUUUAUUUUAGAUAUCGUAUUGAAUUUUCGAACAACUUACGUCAGCACAAAAGGCGAGGUCGUAAGCAAUAGCAAAAGUAUCGCAGUGAACUACGUGAAGAGUUGGUUCUUUGUUGAUCUCGUAGCAGCUUUACCCUUCGAUUUUCUCUACGCUUCUGAUGUUUAUAGCAUAGAGGAAUCAAGAAACAAUAAUAUUCAUCUAGUGAAAUUGACCAGACUAUUAAGGUUGGCUCGUCUGUUACAAAAGAUUGACAGGUAUUCGCAAUAUAGUACUAUGAUCUUGACAAUGCUAAUGUUACUUUUUAUUCUGGUCGCACAUUGGUUGGCUUGUAUUUGGUAUGUCAUUGCUGAAAAAGAACGAUUGAGAAACGACAAGGAAUGGAAUCUUGGUUGGAUACAUACUUUAUCUGAACGUUUAAAAAUUCCUGUUCAUAAUAUCACCAAUACGGAAAGUUAUAUCACAGCAUUGUACUUCACUUGCAGCAGUUUAACUUCUGUCGGAUUUGGUAACGUCUCGGCUAAUACAAUUUCCGAAAAAUUUUUUUCCAUCUGUAUAAUGCUCAUAGGUGCUCUUAUGCAUGCUGUCGUAUUUGGUAACGUCACGGCAAUCAUUCAAAGAAUGUAUUCGAGAAGAUCGCUCUAUCAAACAAAAUUGCGUGACUUAGAGGAUUUUAUGGUGCUUCAUCAAAUCCCUGAGGAAUUGAAGCAACGAAUGCAAGAUUACUUUCAAACCAUGUGGUCUUUGAAUCAUGGUAUCGAUAUACACGAGACGCUGAAACAAUUUCCAGAAGAACUUAGAGGGGACGUUUCGAUGCAUUUGCAUAGAGAAAUUUUAGGUUUACCAAUAUUUGAAGCAGCCUCUCAAGGUUGUCUUAAAUUACUUUCAUUACACAUUAGAAGUAACUUUUGCGCACCAGGAGAAUAUCUCAUGCAUAAAGGGGAUGCUUUGUCAUAUAUUUAUUAUCUUUGCAAUGGUUCCAUGGAAGUUGUUCAAAACAGUAUGGUCGUUGCAAUUUUAGGAAAGGGUGACUUAGUUGGUUGCGAUAUAAACGUUCACCUGCAGCAUGGAAACAACGGAGGAGGAACUGUUGGUGGUGGAUCUGGUGGAUCCGAUGUCGUAGUAAAAUCUAGUUGCGAUGUCAAAGCUUUGACUUAUUGCGACCUAAAGUGUAUACACAUGCAAGGUCUGGUUGAAGUUCUUCGUCUUUAUCCCGAGUAUCAGCAGGAAUUUGCACAUGAUAUACAACAUGAUCUCACGUAUAAUUUACGCGAAGGUUACGAAGCCGAGCAGGAGUCAGACAUGAACGGUCCUUCAUUAACAUUACCGUCAAUUAGCGAGGAUGAUGAAAAUAUAGUUGAAGAAGGGGAAACGUCACCUCUCUCCCCGUCGAAUAAAUCGCCAUUACAUACGUCGUCUAGUCCCCGACAUGCUAAAUUCAAGGACGACUACAGAGAGGGAAGAAGAGGACCAGGUAGAGGAGUCAUCGUGAAAGGAAGGGCAGCACAAUUAAUCGCUCAAGAAUCUAUGGAAGAACAUAUUCGUGGUUCCGUAGAAAGAUUGGAUACGCAGGUUUUAACGUUGCAUCAGGAUGUAGCUACACUAAGUAGCGAAGUAAGAAAUGCCAUUCAAGCUCUACAAAUGUUAGCUUAUUCUCCCCAAAGUAACCCUAAUUUACCAAGACCAGCCAGUCGUGGAAGUGGAAUGUUAGCAAGAAGUUCCUCUCAUCCACCAGAUGCAAUCUGUUGGAACCCACCAGCUAGAUUAAUUGAUACCACAACUCAAACGGAUUGGCCAGUUGAUAUGUUUGAAGUUUGGGUUCGGGCAAAUCCCAAUCGUGUUUUAAUGAUACUAGGUCUUGAACCAGAUUCACUACUUAGGUUACAACCAUCAUCACCGACCCAGUCACCUUCUUCACCACCACCACCACCUUAUGAACCCCUAUCUCCAUUAGCAGGCACACCACCACAAUCACCGUCCCCAUCUCGUCAUGAAGAGAUUUGUGUGUUUGAAAAUGAUCACGAGGAUAGGCACGUUCUUCGAUCGUACAAAAAUUCGCACACAACAUGGAACACGGGAAAUAAGUUGUCACAUCGAUUUAGUGCCGGUGAUGCGGACAACGUUUCUUUCUAUCAAGCGUUCAACGCCCUUCAUCAACUUCCAGAAUCACGCUCCUUGAAAUUCGAGAUAUUUGAUAGCUGAGCAAAAAUAGAAGAGGAAAAUCGUCAUGAUUGUCGAAGAAUUUUCGACGAAACGUAAAAAAAAAAAAAAACAAAAGAAAAAGAAUACCUUGUCUCGUGUUUCCGGUUCGCAACGCGAUACUCACGAUACGUCAAAAUUGUGGUGGUUGAUUGGUGACUCAAAAAAAAGAAAUAAAAAAGAUAAAAAAAAAUAUUACGAUGAAAAAAAAAGAAUGCAAUACAAAAUUGAACAAAAAAAAAAUUUUUAACUUCGAACGCGGAAUAAUAUCCGCAACGUUCUGUCAAUUUUUAUCAUCGAAAUUUGGUCCCUCUUUCUCUCUCUCCCUCUAUUGAUCCUUUAUAUAUAUAU